AUCCAGGACAAAAGAAAAUAAAAAUACAAGAAAAAGCCGGAAGAAGAAGAAGAAGACGGAGAGGACAUUGCAAUGCCAAGCAUCAAGCUUAAGCAAUCGCCACCGGACUCCGCCGUCUCCAUCGGCGGCGGGGUCGCAAGCCACGAAUCCGCUCGUCUUCUCGUCCGGGAGACGCUCCGCAUAAGCGCCUCCUUGGCUUCUUCUCCUGCCUCGACCAUCCUUGACCAGGUUGUUGAUGAUGGUUGUCGAUCUCCGCAAGCCCAGGCGGAUUCCCCUCUGCUCCCGCUCGAGAAGGAAUUUGUUAAUUCGAGUUUGAGGUUGGUCUGCUGUGAGGAAAUAGACGGUCGGAGAUGGAAGUACGUCGCCGAGAGAGAUUGUUCUGGGAGAUUCAAGAGGAAUUCAGUUCGUGCUAUAUGCUUGGAGUCUCCCCAGACCCCUAUUGAUGAAGUGAUGUCGUUUGUGCGGUCUUAUGUGGUGCCUGAAGGAUUUCCUGAUAGCGUUAGUUCGUCAUAUGUGCCAUACAUGACAUGGAGAGCUUUGAAGCACUUCUUUGGUGGAGCCAUGGGUGUUUUUACUACUCAAUCCCUUUUGGGUUCAGUUGGAGUCUCUAGAAACAAGUCUACCCCUGCUGCAGUCGCCAUCAAUUGGAUUCUCAAGGAUGGUGCUGGGCGUGUUGGGAAAAUGUUGUUUGCCAGGCAAGGAAAGAAAUUUGACUAUGAUUUGAAGCAGUUACGGUUUGCGGGUGAUCUACUAAUGGAGUUGGGUGCUGGGGUUGAGUUGGCAACUGCUGCUGUGCCACACCUUUUUCUUCCUCUUGCUUGUGCUGCUAAUGUUGCAAAGAAUGUUGCUGCUGUAACUUCAACAUCUACUCGGACGCCUAUCUAUAAAGCCUUUGCUAAAGGAGAAAAUAUAGGAGAUGUCACUGCUAAGGGAGAGUGCGUUGGUAAUAUUGCCGAUCUGUUGGGAACUGGGCUUAGCAUCAUGAUGUCCAAAAGGAAUCCUUCGUUGGUCACAACAUUUGCUCUUCUUUCUUGUGGAUAUGUCUUCAGCUCAUACCAAGAGGUUAAAUCUGUAGCGUUACACACACUAAACCGUGCCAGAUUCACAGUGGCUGUUGAGUCAUUCCUCAAGACAGGGCAGGUUCCCUCACUUCAGGAAGGUAAUAAGCAGGAGAAGAUAUUCACUUUCCCAUGGGUGGAGGAUCGGCCAGUGGUACUUGGAUCCAGAUUUAAGGACGCGUUCCAAGACCCAAGCAUGUAUCUUGCAGUCAAGCCUUUUUUCGACAAAGAGAGAUACUUAGUGACCUACAGUCCUUCCAAGGGUAAAGUGUAUGCACUGCUCAAGAAUCAGGCAAAGUCAGAUGAUAUUUUGAAAGCAGCAUUUCAUGCACACGUGCUUCUUCAUUCCAUGAAUCGAUCAAGUGAAGGAACAUCAAAAUUCCGGGAGCAAUCAGAUCCCGCUCCCACGAUAGCGGAGAUUGAAUCUCAUAUAGCAGAGUCAUGUGAAAUGGUUUCCACAUCAUAUGACAUUUUCAGGAGGAGGGCUGCAGAACAGGGUUGGACGAUGUCGGAAUCUCUGCUUAACCCAGGUCGAGCUCGGAUAUGUCAUAUCCACCAGGGGAACGAAUGAGCUACCACCCGAGUUAAUGCAUCAAGCAAAGUACAAUCCUCACGGAACUGGUCAGUUUUCUAAGUCUCGAUGCUUGACCCAAAUCGGCUCUGGUGUUGUUAGUGUUAAACUACAUUCUCCUCUUUUCUUCUCACUCUGUUAUGUGCCUCACUCUCCAAGUUUUGUUUUCUUUGCCUGAAGAGGAAAAAAAACAUAUGUUUUUGGUUCUUACUCUCGUUGACUUGCUGUGUUAUAGUCAUAGGAUCUUUUGGUACCUUACCAAACAUAAGCUAUAUAUGACUAUCGCUGUUUACUCGUCUCUGUAAAUUUUGAUUUCCCCACUUUUUCCUGUGGGCUUUAGAGGGAUAAAAAUCCGAAUCAUUUGGUUA